AUGGGCCGUCCACCUCAGCUGAUUCAACUGGUGGCGGUGGUUUGCCUCUGUUGCUUGCGAUCGGUUGCGUUCACGCCCGGGGCUAUCAACAACGUGUUCCUCCGAAACCGGCAGCAGCGGGACGACUGCUGUUCACGUUCAACCGCCCGCCGUAAUCAUGAACAGCAGGGAGGGAGUAUCAGCACUUCGCUUGCCAACAAGCGCAGCUAUCGACAGGACCAGCACUCCCGUAACACAGAGCUGAGAGCCGCAGGGGGCGGCGCAAGCGACAGAAGGGAGUUCUUGCAGCGGGUUGCAGCGAGAACCUUCGCUGCAGGCUUAGCCACAACCGCUGUUGUUACUGGGCCGGGCGAAGCGGGGGCGUUUUGCGGCGAACCCUACCCGUACUGGGCCUACUUCAUGGACUUUGACGAGGUCUUUGUCCCUUUCAAGUUCGAGGGGUACUCGGGAAAGCUGUUUGCAAGGACUGUCGGGAACGGCAAGGACCAAAAAAAGGUGUGAAGCAGCACACAACAUUCAAUGUUGCUGUACGUAUCAUAAAGUGCUAGGGUUGGCUAAAUGUGACACAUCUUCGCAUCAUUUCGUUACAUGUGAAAGACUGCUCUGUGUCCGGUCAAGUGCACGCACAUUUUUUCCUCUGCCGGUCUGUUUAACCUCCUGGGAAGGUUGGCAUUCAUACACACAAUGAAAAAAGUGCUCAUCUAUCCUGGAGUCUUAUCUAUUGUUGAAGAGCUGAACUUGUUGCUGUUUAUAAGAAAAAACAGGAAAUGGUCUCAACAUCACUCCACCAAAAAACACACACACAUACAUCUUCUGUGUAGGACUCCUUGAUAUCAUGAAAGCGUUCAACAACAAGCCACCUGUGCCAGGAGUCAAACUCAUCGGAUAUGUCGACGACCUCCAAGCACAUCUCCCACCAGGUUUGGCUAGGAACAUGCAGGCCAUAUCCACUGUAGCGAAUUGGAUUCAGGAACGUCUCUCCCAAAAAGGGAUUGAGCUCAGUCUCCCGAAAUCCAAAGUGCUUUUCCCGGAAGGUCUUUGCAUGUCCUCUUUGACAAACGACGAACAACAACAGUUGACGAAAAUUGGUCUGUCAGUUGCUGAAGGUGGCGUGCCAGUAGUCGGGAUCCCAGUAGGUACAGAAGAGUUCCAGAGAUAUUUCGUUUCCGAAUUCGCCCAUGGCGACCCAGCGGAAUUGAUACUCCGCCUAGUAACGCUUGACGACCCUCAAGCCAGCUAUCAACUGCUACGUUUAUCUGGUGUACCACGUUUGUUUCAUCUGCUGAGGACGAUUGCACCGUCCAUCACCAACUUUGCCGCUAGAAAACAUGACAACAUGAUGAUGUGGGCAAUGAGUAAGAUCGUCCUUGGCAAGAUGGCCGACAGCAUGAGAAUACCAACCGACAAAGAAGUACGCGCAGACCCGACGAAGAGCGAGGAGGAAGAUUCCGUCAAAGGGAUAGCUCGGGCACAGGUGCACCUACCCAUGUGUGAAGGAGGACUAGGAAUCACGAGCAAUAUUCUCAUUCGAGAAUCGGCUUUUGUGGCAGGGCAAGCGCUGGUGUUCUCCAAGUCAGUGCAAGCAUCAACCGGAUACACAGUUGAGCAAUGUGUACCCCGGCUUGCCCAGCUACCGUCAGGAUUGGCUCUGAUUGACUCACUCAAAAAGCUAGAGGAGAUCAUCACCAAAGACAAGCUUGAAAAAGCUGUUGGGCAGUCAUGGGCUAAACUUGCCACAAGUGAUGAAGUAACCCCCGCCCUCAAAGGAGUUUACCUGUUGGAAGCAGGGAAGGAGGGAAAACCCAGUGAAGAUGGAAACCCUGACGUAGAACAUUAACCACCGUCUACCUACAGCCGAAAUGAAUUUGGUCAACACUACCAAGUCUUUGGAGCCCAAGCUCUCCUUUCGAAACCUCUUCAUGCAGCAGUGCGCCACAUGGUGGAGACAGACUUGCAGAAAGUAGUAGGCGAGGAAACGCCAAAGAAGAGGGCGUUGAUCCGCUUGGAGGAAGCGAAAGGCAAGGGAGUUUUGUCGUGGUUGACAACGCAAGGGUUGUCAGCAGAUGAAAGAAUGCUGCCUGAUCUAUAUCGAGAGUCAAUCGGUCGUGUACUGGGGAGUCACGAUCGAGCAGACUGCAACACAGGCAAACUUUGUGGUGCAGGUGCAUUGUUACCAUGCAAGGACCGCUUGAGCCGAGCCCACUCCCUCGUCUGCACCAAGACCGGCGCCUCAACCUUCCUCCAUAACAGGAUGGUUCGAGUGGUCCUCAAGACACUGCGCGAGUGCCAUAUGCCCAUCGCCGUUGAGGAUUCUUCCCCUUUUACCACAGGCACUGGUAGGGGAAAGGGGCUACACAAGAUGGAUUUGGUAUUCCCCUAGGAUUACACGCAGGAGAGGAGGAAUUGGAACUCUGCACCAAGUCAGUUCUUAUAGACGUAACAAUCGUCAACCCAUCCUCAGAUCGAAGCAUCGACAAGUCGAUGCUUAAGCCAGGAUCCGCCCUCGAAGAUCGAGCUGCAAGUAAAGCAAUCACUAUGCGGGAACUUUCAGCCCGUCUAGAUCUACCCUCCUUACUGCUGCUUUUUCAACGAAUGGUGGUCUUGGCAGCGACACCAAUCGACUCGUCGUUGCUAUCGCCAACCACUUAGCGCACGAAGCUUUUUGCCGGGGGAAUUUUGACGACGAAAGAGCCUUAGUUCGCCUGAAAGCUUUUCAUACUGA